AUGGUGGUGGAACUAGCUGUGGUUCCUGUUGCAUGUAAAUCAUGUCCCUGUGGCUACAUAUUUAUUAGUCGAAAACUCUUACAUGCUAAACGUGCUGAGAGAUCGCCACCCAUCACAGAAAACAAGAGUGAGGCCAAAAGGAGACGGACAGAGAGAGUUAAGCGAGAGAAGAUAAAUUCUGCAGUAAAUAAAGACUUAGAAAACCGAAAAAGAUCCAGGUCUAACAGCCAUUCAGAUCAUAGCAGACGAGGAAGAGGAAGACCUAAGAGUGCCUCAGCCAAAAAGCACGAGGAAGAAAGAGAGAAACAAGAAAAGGAAGUUGACAUGUAUGCUAACCUUUCAGAUGAAAAGGCCUUCGUAUUUUCAGUGGCCUUGGCGGAAAUAAACAGAAAAAUUAUCAAUCAAAGACUUAUUUUGUAACUUGUGAGCACAAUCUGAUGCAUUUAUAUGCAGAAUGGCUAGCAUAUUUCCAAGGUGUCAUGGACUCGGGAAGCGUGUUGUCUGCACCAUCAAAGGACCAUAGUAUUUCCUCUUAAAAUUCUGCUGCUGUUCUUGGAAAUCGAAAUCUGUCUCUACAACUGAGAAAGCAAGUGUUCACAAGAUUGUGCUAUGAAAAAUCAGAAACCAGAUAUGUUUUACGCCUUGAAGACAAAUGCUAGACAAAUGCACAGAGAGACUGCAUCCAUUCCAGAGCACUUCUUUUAAAUUUGCUGCCAGAAAUGCAAUAUUUUAAAUAUUUUCAGAAAUAAAUGAUUUUCCUUUAAAAUUAUAUAUUUCAGAUUUUUCAGCUAUAUUGCAGUUUACGUAUGUACAGUUCACAUAACUUUUUAAUAAAUUGAUAUUCCA